AUGGCGAAAGUGGUGAACUGGCAGCAAGCGCUAAUCGUGUCAGCUGUCCUGAUCGCCGCCGUUAUAAUCACAAGCCAGUUCUACUCGGCUUCUUGGAAUGGCAGUAAUCGCCGACCAUCUGACGACUGUACUAUCACUUCUGGUAACCAACAAGACUCCAAAAAAUCCUCGAGAUUCCACAUUCAGGACUACGGCCUCCAGGGACCCAUCCCCUGGACGUACAUCCGACCGUCCGUCCGCCAUGAGUUCACUGUCAACGGCUCGAUCCAAACCGUUGAACAUUUCCACAGUAUGGAUAUGGGUGACUCUGGAGCUAAGGCGAUCGUCUGGCCGACCGCGCAAAUCGACCGGAAAAAGAGACAGGCAGAGGCGCGGUCCCCGCGAGUUUAUAAGUAUGGCGAGAAUGCAACCCUAAGCUUUUACGAGGCAUUGGAUAAGUACCCAAUAGAAGGGAAAUCGGUGCUGGUGAUAGGGAGCCAAACCCCUUGGCUAGAGGGUAUUCUCUUGGCGUAUAAAGCUGGGUCGAUCACCACCGUUGAUUUCAACAAACCGGUUGCAGAUUAUCCCGGAUUGAGGCUGUGGAAUAUUGCUGAGCUGGACGCUUCAGAUGAGACCUUUGAUGUGGUGGCUUCGUAUUCGUCACUGGAGCACGAUGGGCUGGGGAGAUAUGGCGGUCCGCUAAAACCGGAUGGGGAUCGGCUCAGAAUGAAGAAGAUCAGGGGCCUGUUGAAGCCAGGAGGGCUCUUCUUCCUGGGGGUGCCAGUGGGCAACGACACGCUGGUGUUCAAUGCGCAUCGCGUGUACGGUCCCAUCCGCAUGCCACUGCUGCUCGACGGCUGGGAGCUGCUGGACGUGUUUGGGGUGUCCAGUCUCGAAGCAGCUUAUAGGGAGAACCUGAAUGCAGAGAUCAUACAGCCGGUCAUGGUGUUGAGGUAG